CAUUUAGCACAGAAACUGGUUUGACAGCUGGACAGUAAGAAAGAAAUGUAUGAAGGAGAGAACAGAACAGGAAUAUUACACAGUGAAAUGGAGGAAAUAUAGGAAAGGAUCAAACCGCUGUCACAAACCCUAUUACGCUAAGAAAAUCCUUUGUUUUUUUAGCAAGACUAGAGGAAAGGUGGGUAUGAACAACAAAGUGUAGAUACAGAGCACAGUUGAGGAAGGUGGAGCAAAGUUACCAACAAAAGUGUAACCUAGACAAACAGGAAGACGUAUAGUAAAUCAGAAGGAAAUUCUCUUGAAAGGAAGAAGGGAUGGUCAGCGCGCUUAUAAAGAUUAGAGAUUAAAAAGAACGACCUAUGAGACUGGACAACGUUGCUAGAGAAAGAAUGUAGUUUCAAUGGGAUAUUUUGUUGAUGAAAUAUAAAUAUCAAGGAGGAACACUUCACUAACAACCCCAGCAGGAUGGCGUCCUCUGUCAGUUCUGCAUAUUCCAUAUGUGACACUGGAGACACAUUAUGUGAGAUCCGUGUGUAUGAACAGGAAGUGAUUAUCGUCCCCGUGCUGUUUUUGAUGAGUUUCUUUGUCACACUGUUGUUUCUGCUGUUGCUGAGGUUCUGUCCGGAGAAAGUAGAUCGUUUGCAACCCAGCUCCAUACGAACAAAAAGGAAUAGGAGAAACUUACAAGGCAUUGAUGCUCCUCUGGGUCUGAAUGCUCUGGAAGGUGAGCACAUAACAUUGGACACCACAUCCUACAUGACAUUCAGCACUUCAUCACCAGUCCAGAAACAAUACAGGUCUGACCACGCCUCCUUUAAUGCCAACAAUGUGGCCUUCCCCGACGGGCAAGGCUCUUUUGGGGCCACAGCUUCAGCCUUCACAAAACCCAAGGAACUCCCACGCCAACGACUGCCGGAGAAUUUUAACGGGGUGUCUCCUCUCCCAGUAUCAUACUCUUUGAAGUCAGACUCCUCUGUCUCACUCUAUAGGGCUCGUAUGGAGAACAGAAAUGUUGUGCUGCGUGUUCUUAAAGAUUCAGCCAGUAACACGGAAAGUCAGUCCUUCCUGGGCUUUGCGGCCUUCCUUUCUCAGUUGGGGCCCCACCCCUUUUUACCGGAGCUUCUGGGAGUUGUAUCACUGCGUGCUCCUCUCAUUACUGUUAUUGAAGAGAUGGAGAACCAAGAUCUGCUCGGAUUCCUGUGGAGGUGUAGGCAGGAUAAUGGUGGACCAAACACCAUUUGUCAGAUGACAGAGAAAAAGAUCUUCACCAUGGCCUCACAUGUGUCUUCUGCCCUGGACUAUCUCCAUAGCAAAGAUCUUCUCCACUGCAACAUUAAGGCUUGCAGUGUAUUGGUCAGCCAGAUGUGUACCGCAAAGCUCUGGGGUUUGGGCGAUUUGUAUUCAAGGACAUUAGAAAGUGCUAAUUACAGUGAAGAUCCUGGAAGAAAAAAGUGGCAGGCUCCUGAGAUAUUGGCCAAGAGACCUGUCACUCCAAAAAGUGAUGUUUGGUCAUUUGGGCUCCUGCUGUAUGAAAUGGUGACUCUUGGCGAGGUCCCUUUUGCAGAAAUCCCUGUGAAGGAGCUUCUUCAGUAUCAUCAGAGAGCCAAAACCCUAAAGAAACCAAACAACUGCUCCAACUCACUUUACUCAAUUAUCAAAUCUUGCUGUCAGUGGAAGGAACAAGAGCGUCCCUCAUUGGCUGAUGUCAGGCAUAAACUCCAAUCAGGAGAGAAGAAUGCUAAUGACAGCAUCAUUCUCCGGGUUCCUGGGCCAAUCAAUAUUGAGCAGUAUCUGAAGGAGGCAGGAUAUGGAGAAUCCAACAGCUAUACAAUUUUCUGA